AUGAAACAAAUUGCUGACGCAUUGGACGACUCUGGAUUCCGUGCAGAGACAGUUUCUCUUCGAUCUUUAAGUUUGAAAUCGCAAACUGCUUACGUCAACGAUGAGCACUGCUUUAUGAUGAGCGUCGUAAUGCCUACAAUAGCGCCGUCACAACUCAGUAGCAUUGAUGAUCAGCUUUCAACUCCGUGCAUUGGACCACUAUCUGACGGCAACUUCACAGGAACCCGACCCGACAUGUCGAUGGACACUACAAAACAGGACGCAAUAGGACCACGAUCAUUCGUCGUCAUGCUGACGACGAGCUGUGAUACUGUGAGAAGUCGUAACCAGUUCAGUGCCUCAGCUCGAACUCACACUUGA